AAUACCUUCCUAAUAUACAUUGCGCAUACAGUAAUCACGUAUGCGCGUACGUAUAAACCUCAUGAAAUCUUCCGUGUAACGUUAUUUAAUUAACUGCGAGUGGAAGUCGUCAUUCAUGACAUAAGUAUGUCACAGAUUAUAACUAUUCACGUAUUAUAUAUAUUUUUCAUCACUUUUCGCUGCAGUUCAUCAAAGAUGCCAACUAUGCCGCUCAAGAGGAUCGCCAUCUUUUUUCGUUGAUACCAGUUAUAAUGCAUCCUAAAAGUGUCGGUGAUAUUCGCCUGAGAACCAGCGACCCGCUAGAUUAUCCACUCAUAGAUCCACGCUACUACGAGAAUGAAGAUGUUAAAACUAUGGUUGCAGGGAUCAAGCUGGCUAAAAAGAUAUCAAAGGCAAAGGCAUUCCAGUCUAUCGGGGCAAAGAUUAAUCCGCAUAACUUGAAUGUGCCAGGAUGCACUCAGCACGGCAAAGGGGACAAAUACCUGGAGUGUGUUGCACGCCGUAUAUCCACGACUCUUUACCAUGCAACGGGAACCUGUAAGAUGGGCGCCAGCACCGAUCCGUCUGCCGUCGUUGAUCCCCAGCUGAGGUUAGUGGGGAAACAUCUAUGGAAAAUCUACGCAGUUGUUAUGCCUGCUUCCAAGGGCGUACCAAGUCAUUUUCAGUUUAACCUAUGGCUACCAUACGACUUGUGCCAGUGUAUGACGUGCCACCCGUUCGUGUGUUUUAGGGUGCGUGGAGUAGAAGGACUGAGGGUCGUGGAUGCCUCCAUCAUGCCGGAAAUCACGUCGGGAGGCCCGCAUGCGUCCGUCAUCAUGAUCGCUGAGAAGGCGGCCGACAUGAUACGUGGCGCACAGAACUGAUGUGAAACAUUUUCCUUUGAAAACGAGUAGUACACUGUUAAAAAAUGUCCGUUAAUUUCACGAAAAAUUUCCGGCAUUUCCAUUUCGGAAAUACCGUGAAAUUCACGGAAAUCCUUAAUUCCCAUUUCCGUGUGUUCUGGCUACUUCUAGAAUAGUAGCUAUUGCCAUUAUUUAUGUUUGAACUGUAUCAUCAAUGAAUAUGCCCAUCAGUCACUAUUAAUAAUAAACAACGUGAUGUGCGUCGCAGAUGGCACCAAACUGCAUGCAGCGCCCCUUCGUACAACUCAGGAUACCAGAGCCAGAGCCAGAGCCAGAGCCAGAGCGAGAGCGCCAUCUGCCGUGGAGUUUGAGAUGGCACGUGGCAUCGCUCCCCGAAAGCACCGCGACACAGUUUCUGAUCUCUACUAAACUAACGUGGGCACAGUCCCAGAAUCCACAGCAAGGUGCUAAUUCACGUUCAAACUCCACGACAGAUGGCGCUCUCGCUCAUGGGCUCAAUCUAUCUAUCCUGAGUGUACGAAGGUGCACUGCAUGCAGUUUGAUUCAUGUUUCAGUGAAACACGCUGCUACGGAAAAUAUCCGUUAAAAUCACGGAUAUUACCCGUUGAAUCCACGGAAACUUAAAUCAAUGUAUUUAAAUGCGAUAUAAAAGCUUGUAGACUAACUAUGUACAGACGGGCAAUUGUGACAGCGGUCAUCCUUUUAGUGACUUCACUGCAUGCGCAUGUGAAUUGUAAAGGUAAUAUUUUUGGAUAGAUUGUAAGUUGUAACGGAUAGUAGACCGCGUAGAAUACUUGUGUACUUUGUAGAAUUUGCACAACACGCAAUUUUGCGAUGUUAUCAUACAUCAUAUCGACACUAUCAUAUCAUAAAAUACUUUGGUAAUAAUAAAACGUUUAAAUAAUGAA